AUGAAUGCUUACAACAAUACCUCGGUUCUUCCUUCUCUAAAUGACUCAUUUCACAGCGCAAUACUCCCACAAGCGAAAGGCCACUUUUCGUUCUUUAGUCUUCUGUCUGAAUCAACAGACUACCACAUCAUCAUCAUUGCUUUGAUUGUCAUCAAUUCUCUGAUAUCUAUUGCAGCUUUUGGUCUUAACAUUUUGAUCAUAGUGACUUUAUUAAAGACGACUUCCUUGUGGAUACCCUCCAAUGUUCUUUUAUUGGGUUUGGCUUUUUCUGAUUUGGGAGUCGCUGCCAUAACUGAACCUGCGUACUGCUGUUUCUUAUUUGCUCUCUUAAAAAAGGAACUAAUAAUGUUGAGAAAUUCUCACUAUGCAGUUAUGUUAGGCCACACUUUUUUCUCUUGCACAUCGCUUUUAACAGUCACUGCUAUUACCAUUGACAGAUUUCUUGCCAUAAAACUACAUUUGAGGUACCAGAACAUCGUGACAAGCAAAAGAGCUGUUUCUGUUGURACGCUUACUAUCUGCAUAAUGUCAAGCAUAAGUGUGCCAGUUCUCUUUCAUAGUCUUCGAAGAAUUCCCAUUUGGUAUUUCAUUGCAAUCAAUGUUUUCACAUUUCUAUUGAUUUUUGUCAAUGUUUCACUGAUGAUAAUGAUAUCUAAAGUGGUGAACAACCAUCGAUCCCAAAUCCACGCCCAGGAAUUACAAUCAGUGGAUUUUAACUUGACUUCUUAUAGAAGGACUGUCAACACUAUGUACUUAAUCAUUGGCMUUUUUAUUUUUUCUUUCAUUCCAUAUUGGAUUUUAGGAUUAAUGGCAUUUGUGUUAUCUGAACCACACUUUAACUUACUUGAUUACGAUAUCGCUGCUAUAGCCACGUUUUUAAGCUUUUUUACAGCCACAUUAGUGAAUUUGAAUUCUGUUUUUAACCCUAUUCUGUAUUGCUGGAGAAUACAAGGCAUGCGCAAUGCUGCAACUCAGAUGUUACAAAAUAUAUGGGCAGCCUUGAAAGCAUAA